AUGCCCCUUUGGCAAAGGGGACACGAACAUACAUUCAUAAAAGCUCACUAUACCUAUAUAAUUACCUGGAUUUUUCUAGCAUCAAUUCUUCUCUACUUUUUUGGCGGGAUAACCUACACCGAUGCCCUCCUUCUCGCCUCCGGUGCAGCCACGCAGAGCGGGCAGAACCCGGUUGAUCUAAACCGGCUAGGUACCUGCCAGCAGGUGUUAUUAUGGAUGGUGGCAAUGGUCACGAAUGUGGUUUUCGUUAACUCGUUAAUUGUGUUGGUGCGGUUGUCGUGGUUUCGAGGGAGAUUGAAGACUGUGGCUGGGGAGGCUAAGGCUGCUGUCCGGGGGAGGGAUACGGAACGGUAUAGAGGGCACGGAACGAUGACAAGGAGUCCUACUCCAGACGGAAGGAAUGCAAUACAAGAGACGUAUGCACGUGGCGAUGAAAGUGAGCCCCAACCGAUCAACCAUAUUGCCGCCAACUCUGCAGGACCGCGUAUUACCUUCGAUGUCGCGGCAUCUCAGCGACAGCAGCUGCAUCAGAAAGCCAUUUCUUCUUUGCCGCCGUUUAUGUGGCAUCCAUCCAUUUCCAGUUAUUCGGACUGGGACGAGACGCAGAAAGAUGAACUUGGUGGGACUGAGUAUCGGGCUUUGAAGACGUUAUUUUUCAUCCUGCUCGGAUACUUUGUCACCUUCCACGUUCUUGGGGCUGUUUCGCUACUAUUUGUGAUUCUAUACCAUCCUGAGUAUGGCCAUGUCGUUGAUGACAUCGGGGCCCCCAAGGCCUGGUGGUCGAUUUUCACGGCGAGUUCCGCUUUUAAUGAUGUAGGAUUCACACUGACACCGAACUCGAUGGCGUCGUUCAAUAAAGUACCACAUCUUCUUUUGGUGAUGACCUUUCUGAUUGUUAUCGGGAAUACGGGGUUCCCGUGCAUGUUGCGGUUGAUCAUCUGGAUGCUUGGGAAGAUCACCGACGAGGCGAGUCGACGGCGCGAAGAGUUGGAGUUUCUUCUCAGACACCCCCGGAGAUGCUUUACGCUUUUGUUCCCUGGCCCAGAUACAUGGAGGCUGUUAGGGGUUCUAUUGGUGCUGAACGCCGUUGACCUAGCUAUCUUUCUUCUCCUGGAUCAACCGUCCUAUACCCUCCACGACGACAAGGGCUACAUAUGGCUCAUCAACGGGCUAUUCCAGGUCGCAUCUACACGAACAGCAGGAUUUACAACAAGCUCACUCGCAGACCUCCAUCCAGCAGUACAGAUUUCCUUCGUGGUCAUGAUGUACAUCUCCGCGUUCCCAACCACAAUCGCCAUGCGCAAGACAAAUGCCUACGAGGAGAAGAGCCUGGCUAUCUACUCUGACGCGGAAUCUGUCUUGACUGAUAGCGAUCAAGGAACGCAAACUAGACGGAACGACCUCUGGUAUCAUAUCCAGAAACAGUUGAGUUUUGAUCUGUGGUAUAUUGCCUUGGGGAUGUUCCUUAUUGCGCUUGCGGAAAGUGAUCGCUUCCCAUUAUUCUCGGUUUUGUUCGAAGUGGUCUCUGCGUACGGCACCGUGGGUUUGUCACUGGGAUACGCCUGGACAGAGUCGAGUCUAUGCUCGCAGUUUCGGGAUGUCUCAAAGCUGGUGAUUCUGGCUAUGCAGGUUCGUGGAAGACAUCGGGGACUUCCGUAUACGCUGGAUCAUGCUGUUCUGUUGCCGUAUGAAUUGCACCAGGACGAGGGUGGGGAUGAAGACGAGGAAGGAGAUGGAUCAGGAUGGAGGAGAUGGAUUCGUCGACGGAGGUCAGAUCUGAGUAGCCUUUUGUCAGUUACAGAUACAGAAGAGAACGAACGAGAGCCACUUCUGGGUUGA